AAAUUAGUUAGAAUACUUUGACUUUAUCUUCCUGAUUAACAGUCAACAUAUCUGUUAUGUCGUAGCACGGGGAGGGUUGCGGUUUUAAUCCUAGUCUGGUGACGUUAUAUCGGAUAUAUACUACUAUAUAGCUAUGGAGGGUCGUGAUGUAUCACGCGAACCAUGUCCAGAUCGCAUAGUUGAGGAUAUGGGCGGCGCUUUUGGUAUGGGAUGCGUUGGUGGAUUCCUUUGGCACUUCGUUAAGGGUGCUAGAAACGCCCCUCGUGGUAUCAUAAUGCAGAAUGCAUUCUAUAAUGCACGAUCACGCGCACCUGUGCUUGGUGGCAACUUCGCAGUUUGGGGUGGAACCUUUUCAACCUUUGACUGUACCUUCCAGUACCUUAGGGGCAAAGAGGACCACUGGAACGCUAUCGCAAGUGGUUUCGCCACUGGAGGCACUCUUGCAUUACGAGGUGGUAUGGGUCAUGCCGCCCGUAAUGCCGUUAUCGGCGGGCUUUUAUUAAGCAUCAUUGAAGUGGUCUCUGUUGUAGUCAACAGAAGAAUGACCCCAACCCCAAGACAGCAAUUUGAGCGUCAGAUGGAAUAUGAACGACAGCUAAAGGAUGGCAAUGUGGCUACCACAUGAGUAUCACCAGCACUGAGUGUUACCGAUAAUCGCUACUUCAUGUACCUGGAC